GCGUUUUGUUUGGUAUUGUACGUGUACGGGUGGAUCUUGCUGGCUGCCGGUGCGUUGGUAAAACGAGAGUCUCUUAAUAUUCAUGAUCCCAGCUAUACACUUUCCCCGUCGACACUCAGUAUUACUACUGCUAUGUCAUCCCUAGCCUUUAGUCGCGUAACCAAAAUAAGCGUCUUGGUACCGCUUCUGGGUGGGGUGGUGUUGCUCGUUUCGAUCCUCAGUCUUUCUAUUGCUUCCAAUGGUCUCUCGCAUCUCGAACAAAGCAACCCUAUCCAUACUGCGCUUUCGCAAUUUCACAACGAGAAUUCUCUGUUGGAAGGACAAGGAGACGGGGCUCCGGUCGCGGACACACGCCCCGUUCUGGAUCCCCGGAAACUCUAUCCUUUCGAAGACCCCGAUCCCAAUCCACCCCUGGCAGACGGUCACGAUACUUUUUCCGCCUGUAUGCUCGUCAUGGACGACAAUCAUCGUCUCGUGGAGUGGCUCGCCUAUCACUACCACGUACUGCCGCUACGCCAUUUAGUGGUUACCGUGGAUCCACGCUCCCAGACCUCCCCCACAUGGCUCUUUAAUCGCUGGCGCAAACAGGGCAUGGUCGUGGAGCAGUGGGUCGAUCGGGAUUUUUGGCGAGCCGAUCUCCAGCUCCUGCCUCUCCCAGCCAAUUCCACCCUCCAAAUAAAACGCGAUCGACACCGGGGACGCCAAAAGUUCUUCUACCGAUCCUGUCUUAUUCAUUUGAAGACCCUGAAUCGCACCUGGGUCGCUUUGCAUGAUUCGGACGAGUAUCUCCUCUACAACCACGCCGGCGGAGACCGCUACGAGGCCUGGGAAGCGCGGAUGCAAAAGCGUCACGAUAACAGCGCUCAGCACGCUACAUCCGCGCGGAUCAAACCAUCACAUCCACCUCCACCCACGCCCGGAGAAGAAGGCGGAAUGAUUCGGUACAUUCGUCAGGAACAGGCGGCGGGCGUGGAAUACUACCAAUCGCCGUGUAUAGGCGUGCCUCGUUUGAGCUUCGGGGCGGUCGAGAGUUCGCGCGCCGCCAGGGAAGCCGGUAUGCCCCAAUCAUCCACCACGUUGGAUGCCUUGCAGUUCGACACCCUCCGGUGGCAUCGGCACGCUCCCCGCAACGAUUUUGUCAAGAACGCACUUGGCAAAGUCCUCAUGGAUGUCUCUCGCAUCGAUGUGGCCAAAUCGCCGUAUUUUAUGAGUCUACAUCGUCCCAUUAAGAGUAUAUGCACGCCUCCUUGGCAUAACGACUGGACGUCGGGAUUACGAAUCAACCACUACUUGGGAUCCUGGGAGUCAUACGCCUUCCGAGAUGAUAGUCGACGGGGUGGUGAACGGUCACGGGAACAGUGGGAGUACAAGGCCACCACACAUACCGAUCAGACUGACGACAACAUACGUCCCUGGUUGCAAGGGUUUGUCGACGCCCAAGGGUUGUCGCAGGCGGAGCGGCUAUUAGACAAGGCUGGCUUACCGCAAGGCUACCGGGUCGCAAACGAAUCUCAAUGGAAUUUGUUGCCAGAAAAGUUGGCCAAGAUUCUGAGCAGCGACGUGACGAUUGCGAACGACAGCAAAAUGGUGAUGUUCGAUGCUUGGGUCCGGGCCAAGUAUUGGAACGAAACAUUUGAUGUGCAGGAGACGUAUCGAAAAGUACGGAAUGCCGCUGCAGCGCCUGCCGUGUAA